CGAUUCAGUAGUUUCCGUUCACUCCGGCGAGCACCAAAACAUGUGUUCCAGCAGACUGGUUUGUAGCUCAAGUGUGCACCCCUUCACAUAUUUUAGGGUGAUGCCAUUCAGGUCACGACAGUAUUGUCAACGAACCACUCGCCCCCCGCGUGAUUUUUGACUUGCAGCACACGACUGCGAACCCCUUCGUACACCUUCAGGCAACCAGAAGACAAGUCGUUACUUGACACACUCAAAAACCGCACCACAGUUCACUGCCACCUUUUGUGACACUCCUGAGUCACACAUGAAGUAGGGUAACACGGUGUUUCUUAUCCAUCCCAAAAAUGCUGUCGGAGGUCUACCCGCACAUCUAGCAGACUACUUCAUUGGACGGAGUCAAGAGCUAUCAGAUGAAAAUGCGGCGAAACACUUUUAUUCUCACCACGGCAUCCACAGACUUUCCGGUGUCAACGUGAACCAGUGUCACGAGGUGAGGCCGUUGGAAGCACACCACGCUUCGAAUUUGCUAUGGUCGUCCAUUCCGUUGCACUCGUGGUACGACAUAUCCCUUAUAGAGUGGUUAGAGUUGUGUAACGUCAUCCGCAGAACAGCAUAUGCCGCCUCUCUUCUCUGUCUCCAUUUCCUGUAGGUGAACUCUUGUCCAUUCCAGGUAAGCUGGCAAAUCAAGCGCGUCCAGUUGACUGUUGACGCAGAGCUCCUAACCCCACCUCCGAAAUCGCUCAUUUAGGUCAAUGUCAAGCCAAGGCACGGCCAUGUAUGCGUCUUACCAUACGAUCUUUGAUUGAGUAGGCCGCAAGAUGCAGUGCAGGUCCAUGGAAACACUUGCGCACGGGAAAUCCACGUUAGCGCCAGAGAAAAAGCUCGAUUCGAACAGAAUCCGUGAUGCAUACAUUAGGUGGACGACUGCGUUACCAUUGAGACGUCUUCAGUUCUUUCACGCUACGUGAUGGAGCUCAAGUAAGCUCACACUGCGCGAACAGGACGAACAAAAGCGGAAAGGCCAGUUCGUUCUAGUGAGGUGCGUUUUACCAGUAUUGUGACAGCACUUGUGCAGCCUACCCGUGCACUGACUAGCAACGAACAACGCAGCUCUGCCGAAACGAGAAAAAGGAACUAAAGUGAUGGACUUGCAUGUGGUAGCCCUCCACUGCAUGUUUUCGUAGUGUGGCUCCAAUAAUGCGACGCAGUGUACCCUCGUGCUCGGCCUCCGUAGCUCUUCUACAUAAAAGAACUCACUUUAUUCGUGCGGUAACUCGGACGGAAAACGGAAAUGACUAGCGCAGCAUCAACAGGAACGGUAGACUAUACAACUGGAUGUUCUCUCCUUCCCCCCAUCCCUCUGAAUGAGUACGUAAGGCUGGCUCUCCAUUACCUCCUGUUCAUCAUGUAAGUGGCCUCACGAAGAACCGUCAUUCUACGCGGCAAACCAUAGAGUCCCACGUCGGAUCAUAACGGCACAUACUUUUUUUUAGCUUCCCAGGAGUCUCCGUCAGCUAAAUUUGAAGCUGCAGUCCGGUGCCUGCGCUGGUGGGCGCAUGCACGGGACAAUGUGACACUAUUUAUUAACUGUCCGGUGCAGGAAGGCUCUGUCACACUGCCAUCCAACGGCUUAUACGACAGCCAUUGACUGACUGGCUUUUGCGAAUGUACACAACCAGGCGCGGCCUGGUUCCACUUGGGCGCUGCUGUCAGGCCCGCAAUCGCUGCACGGUGGCCCCCCUCACCGGGUCGCCUGUUGCCCACCGACUUUUCUUAUGUAUCGACGGGAUCGAUGUUCGCUAAAAAUAGACAGAGAUACUGCUCAGCCUCCCUCUCCGGGAGGCCCUGGAUUUUUAUCGUAUGUGUCGUCUGCUCGAUCAUAUUUCGUGUUGAGAGGAAAUCAGGGGGACCGUCCUCCGCAUUGGUUUGACCCUGUAGGAGCAGGGGACCGUCCAGACCGGUCAUGCGCAAGGCAACAGUGUUACACGUCAGGUUUUGCCUCAAUGACCCUGUUGUAAUAUGAGAUGUCUUGACUUCCCGAUACCUCAUGCCACCGGUCCACGAGCUCUUAUACCGUUUAUUUGUUUGUGUAGUCUGUCUCAUGCUCGUUUUGGGAAAAGGUGGAAAUCCUCUGCAUCCGUUGCACUGCGGUUUCCACCGUCCCACUGCACGAUCAGCUCCCCCCACCUUUUACGCCGGAACCUCGCGUGGUUGUGCUUUUUUGGUUUAUUGAAGACAAAGACGCUUUCUGGAGGCAGUACUUGUCUGAUUAACCUGGAAGGUUGUACUUGGUUCCUUUUCAGUACAAUGGACUCUCCCGCGGGAGCCGCAUUUCUGCCCGUUAGUUUGGACGAGGUCUCACUUUAUCACUGCGUCGUGAGAGCUGGCAGCAGAAGCGGGAGUGCCUUCAUGCGACAGCGUCAGCAUGGUGACCACGUUUGGGUAUAAUGGCGGUUCGUGGCGACGUCCCUUGGGUAUCCCUCCUCUCUUCUGAGAAUGGCCGCCGGACGACUGCGACAACGGCUGUCGAGGUACCUGAACCCCCGACAGGGGCGUUUAGCUUAACCCCCGCCGCUGAACGUGUUUUUCGAGCACAGACUGGUCAUGCUGUUGCACGAUAUCCCCACACAAGCAGUGUCACACGAAAUGUGAUCGCCCGCAAGAGGAUGCCUGCACUGACACAAAAGGUCCCCCCCGCACACAACCUGCCAUCGGAACAACGAAAAUCCGGUUUAACAUCCAGCACACCUGGCACUAGAAGGGCCGCCAGGACCAGGAGAACAUAUCGGCGACAUGGACAGGAUAUUGUGACGGAAAGACGUUCCAAAUAUGUAAACCAUGAUCAGGGAUCGUCGCCAACUGUGCAAAGACGCGCGCGUAAAGGAGAGAGUCUGAAACUCCUCGUUGGUCAGCGCUCCCGUUACCCGUACAUUGCAAAGACUGGAGUUUCACCUUUUUACCAUAAUGGUGGCGCACCGGCUGUAUCAGGUGAACUUGCCACCAGGGGCUGGCGGACCCACGCACAAACGCGACAGUCGGAGCACGUGAAAGGCCCGACGCCACAGUCGCGGACGAUUUCAGGUGUGUUAGCGGACGCCCGAAAACGGACCACGACGAUUCCGUCUGCCGCAUAUACGAUGUUGCCUCCUGCACGUCGGGGUGCUGCUGUGACUGUGCACGGAUUUAAUGACCGUGGGUCUGAAAGUUCUCAAACCAGAACUGUGUCGACAGACAUGACAGGGGGACUAAAAGGCCGGGUGGUCGCUACCGAUCUUUCCUCGACGCUGGCAGAAGGAGGCUCUGAUCUAAGCCAACUGGUUGGAACUUCGGGGACACGUCAUCGCAAUCGCAGUUUCGAUUCUCACACAGGUAGUACCGGAAGGUCUGUCGAACGCCAUCCUAGAAGGAAGGCGCUGGCGCGCUCGACUGUUGCUAUCUACGCCUUCCUUUGCUUACUGGGUUUCCUUCGUCUCCUUCGUCGUCCUUCUCAGCUGAAACAAAUUACAACAGGCGUCGAAGGUGUAGGGACCACAAGACGCGACGAUUCUGCACUGACGGUCGUGAUACCGAGAAGCGAGACGACAUCCGAUGCUCAGCAUAACUGGUUGGAUAUAAUGCCGGAUGGAGGACCGACAGGAACCCUCCCAGUUAUCGCCCCUCCGGAGUCGCACGACGUGGAGGCUUUCACGGCUUCCACAGAAUCUGUUGAUCGUCCUUCCGAUUCCGAGCAUCAGUCUUUUCCGAUUCUGCCUCCGGGGUCGCACGACAUGAAUCCUUGCACAGUUCCCCCAGAUUUUGCGGUUCCGAAUGAUGGGCCUCCCGAUUCCGACCGCCAGCUUUUGGAGGUUUCAGUGCGCUCCGCGACUCAAGCCAAGAGGUCGCGUACAAAUACCAAAGGACGCCGAGAUUGCGGUAGGUCUCCCCAUUCGAGAAAAGGAAAGGAGGCCGCACGACGCUUUGAUGCAGCGUCAUCAGACACUGGGGAUACAGGAGUGGACAUUGAAGAGGAACAAGAUAGGGUAACGGAAUUAACGGAGUCGGCACCUCAAGUCAUAUCCAUGUGGCCGUGCGGCUCAGAAAACACAGGUGGUAUCGGUUUCCAACCUGAAGCGUUGGCAGUGGACCAAAGUGUUGCUCCGCUUCCGGAACCGGUGAAGGUGGCUAGAGUGGACUCCGGGGAUACACGUGACGGAACGAAAACCAACAGUUCUUCGGAAAUGCCUGCUUUGCUGCCAGAAAAGGCCGAAAAAGGUCCCUAUCCCACACAGGGACGACUGGCCUGUGCCAGACGCAGAGCUUCCACCAAGGGAAGCCCCAGCCACCGUUCACGAAAAGAAUUAAGCGCGAGUAAGCGUUCGGCACGCGAAGCCUGGAGCGGUUCAACAGAGCCGGCAGCGGACGACGACUUGAACCAGUUCCGUGGAACAUCGGAGCCGCAUCUGGAAGAUCCUGCAUCCAAGAGGACAUUUCUGGCAGACGCUUUGGAACAGCAGUCAGCCACUGAGUUAGCCGCAGUGAAGCCUCUCAGGACCGAGGAAGCGCUACACACAGGUCAUGUCGUGCAAGCUUCUCUGGCAAAUGUGGUAGAGCAUGCGGCAUCUGGUGAGCGGGUUGCCGUAUCGCAUCGGAGUGGAGAGAUGCAAGCGCCUAGAGGGGGUUUGUGGGAUGUCGGCGGAAAUAUAGGGACAAGCGAAAAGUUGGGAACGACAGAAACGGAGAUGCAUACGAUCAGUGCAGGGGGACCGAUGUCACCAGGCCCUGAAUCGUCUGUGACGUCUCCGCUCACGAGUGAGUCUGCAGAGGUGGCAACUGCCAAGGAAGCAGACCAUUCCAUUGAUACGCUGACCGAUAACAAGAGGAAGUCGUCGCCUGUCGUAUCCGGAAAAGAAAGCACAGAUACCAGUGUUCCCCUGCAUGAACAGCAUGGUACCUUGCCGCAUAAACCAGUGCACGCGUUUAUACCGGCUGAAAAGACACAAGAGGCGAACAAACUUUCACAAAAGAAAGAUGAACAAGCACCUCCUGGCGGAGCGCCGAUUGCCGUUGCGACUGCUGCUGCAGCUGCGGCAGCCACUGCCGUUCUAAUGAGCGUGAGGGAUUCUACCUCUGGUUUCACAGAGACUGUGGCGUCGAAGGAUGGACAGGCAGUCGAAAUCAUUUCUCCUAAGGAAGUACAAAACGAACACCGUAGUGCAGAGCCAUUAAACCGCACAAAGACAGGGGACCGUUGGCAACAGUUGCUUGCUAUGCCGGUCGAUGCGUCCGAGGCGAAGACUACAAAGGAGCCUACCGCGCGCGGAGAUGGGCAAAACGGCAUUCGUGACGAAGAAUUUACACAAUCGAUUGAUGGGAAAGAUGCAGGAGGUGGACAGGAAUCUAAACGGCAUCCAAGUGGGCUUCGGGUCUACACUGAGGAGUUACAUCCGUCACUUUUACAAGGCGGUAAACAUGAGUCAGGUCCUUGCAGUGAGCAGCAGCGCAUAAAUCGACAAGAGUCGCCGCCAUUCGACGUUCCUGGCGGGCUAUGGGGAGCAGAUGGGGCAAAAUUUCUGAUUCAACAGGCGCUGAGUGAAGAACUGAAAUCGCCGUCUUCCGAAUCAGAUUCCAACGAAUCAGCGGAAUCAGACCUUAGGUUCCUAUUCGGUUUACAGUGGCUGGGUAAAGCAGGCGAAAGGCUUCGAAGGCGACGAAGAGCUCAAGGGAAGGAGCAGUACAAUCGAGAUAUGAGGAAGUACUACAAAAUUUUGCAGCAUCUCUUGGUAGAUAUCAGCACCAAACUUGAGCACUCCGAAAAAGCCGGGCUACUAUCAUCUGCGGAUCCAUACAGAGAGCUGCAUGCGUUCUUGACAACCAUGUUCCUAAAGCUGAAACAGAUCGACAAUUCUCUGACAAAGGGCUUCAGUGCAUUUGACGAAACAGUCGCAGAAUCUCCACAGAAACAAGAGACAGAACAAGUUCUAAGAUCGUUCUCACCCCCACCUUCAAGGCCGCGACCGAGCCACACCAGCCCAAGAACUGUAGAAGGCGGCAAUGCUUUUUUCCGCCACAUGGGGAGCGGGUCCAACACUCCCCAAUCCGUCGGCACAUGGGAGCAAAUGAGCAGGAGACGUCCCUUCACAGAAGAGAGUGGGACACCACAGAUCAAUGAGACAUAUGAAACGGCGCUCAAUAUGAUUUUUUUAUUAACGAAGCUCCGAGCUGAUUUGCAGGUGCAUGUUGCAGAAAAUCAAAUGUGCGCUCUCAUCAAUGGCACCCCUGCACACGGUGCAACAUCGAGAGAAAGGCGGCCACCUGCGUCGUCGAGAGAGCUUAUUAAGACUCACAGGAAACUUGUCACUCGUAUCUUGGAUGGACUCGCAGCAGGUGCCAAGGCCGUAGCAAAGCGUCGAUCGCAUGCCCUUGCUGUUGUAGAGCGUGUGGCUGACAAGGCAUCGGCAGAAUUCCGGUCGUUGGCACGCAAAUACUUGCUAGUCCUCGAAGGACUACAUUGGCGGUACGACUUGCAAAUGCAACUCUACCGAAACAAAUUGGAGAUGGGGCCAGUAAUAUUCCCUUCGAACGACCCGUAUCCAUCGCUCCUACCAAGUCCACAAGGAAAGGAAGCAGACUCUGGUGAGCUUGAGGAUGGGGGCGUGAUUCAGUUGCCUUCCCGACGAAAACGCGUUAAUAGUUUAGUUUCAAUAGAGGAAGAGCUGUCCAACGAGUUUUCGGAAGUCACUUCGAGGCGUAAAAUAAGUGGCAUCGACGAGGGAUCUCCUCUGUCUGACGCCGCCUGGAUCGAAAAGGAUCGUCAAGCUGCUCUUCGCUAUAUCAGCAACAAGCGACUGAGUGCCGGUAUUCAUGCCUCCACCGUCACCAGCAUCCGAGAGUAUCGAAGUUUACAGAACGAGAUAGGGGAGUUUAGUGGUAAGCAGGGCUACAUCUUCUUCCCUUUUUCCGUUACAGAGCAGUUGUUUUAAAACGAUGUUCUUUUCGGUGUGGCUGACCCGAAGCACCGUGUCCGUUGCCGGAGUCGCGCCUGCCGUGGUAAUUAGGGUUUUCUGCAGACCAGAGAGUGCUGAAGUACACCUUUUUCAAAACGUCCGUUGUUCAGCGAGCGUGUCGCGAAUAAUCUUUGCGCUGGAGAGCCUCGAUUCGACGGCGAUGGUGAUAAAGGGUCACAACUCCGGUCCGAUACCUCUGCUAAUGAAAGGAGACAUUCUUGGACCGGCUGUUCCGUAGGUAUAACUAAGAGUCAGCUCUGGGUUACUGCUUCGCAACGCUGUUGUUGGUUUUUCGUGUUUCCGUCCUUCGAAACCGCGCCGUUCUUAGCGCCUUAAAAUGUUG